GGCGGGGGGGACUUGGUGGCCCUUGGGCAGAGGUACAGGGGCCAGGCUUGGGCUUAAGUCUCCAUGGCAGCGACAGCGAUGCACGGGCGCGCUCUUGCGCUGUCCCACCGCCACGCUCAGGUGGCCAUCUCCGCCGCUCCAGGCAGGCGAGACGUGGGGGCUCCUCGUGGACAUCUGCGUCCCCUUCCGGCGAGCCGUUGUUUUCCGGUGGGAGGCGAGGUCGGUAAGAUCCCGGCCGCGAUCCCGGCUGCGCUGGUGGCAGGAGGCGCUUGCGUGUGCUUCCGCCACGUCAGCGGACACGUGCUCUACACGCCGUCCCGCGCGAGACCGAGGAAGCCAGCGAUGACAGGUGCCACGUCAGCAACCCCGCGCGCGGGCGCUGACGUGGCGGCGUCGGGGUCUGCGGCGGGUGCGCUUAACGAGGAUUUCGCUGUCGGCGAUUCCGUGAGAGUGGAGGAGGGAAAGGGGGGGCAGCCGAAGGUGGUGCUCACGCAUCCCUCAUCAGGCAGCUCGGCUGACGUGUACCUCCUGGGAGCCUGCGUGACAUCUUGGCGCCUUCCCAGCGGGGAGGAUGUUCUCUAUGUCCGCCCGGAUGCGGUGUUUACGGGGGAAAAGCCCAUCAGCGGCGGAAUCCCGCACUGUUUCCCGCAAUUCGGCCCGGGCAAGAUGCAGCAGCACGGGUUCGCCCGGAAUCUGACGUGGCAGAUCAGCGCCACGUCAGCCGAUGUCCAUCCGGACGACGGCGGACCGGUGGCUUCUGUCGAGCUGAUCCUUGAAGAUAACGACUACACCCGUUCCAUGUGGGACGCGUCCUUCCGCCUCAGUUACAAGGUCUCUCUCAAAGCCAAUCAACUGGUCACUAGUCUAACGGUCGUCAACACCGGGGAGAAGGCGUGCGAUUUCACCGCCGCCUUGCACACCUACUUCAGCGCGGCGGCGGCAGAGGCCUCUGUCAAGGGACUGAACGGUUGCCGUUUUCUGGAUAAGGAUCCCGAUCCCGUCAAUCCGAGACCGGGGGUGGAGGAGCACGAGGCUGUGAACUUUCCGGGGUUCGUCGAUCGCAUGUACCUGGACGCUCCCGCCGACCUGGUUCUCGAGACCGGCCUUGGCCGCGCCGUCGGGGUCCAGGCCCUCCAGGGGUGGAAGGACGCCGUCGUCUGGAACCCUCAUCUGACAAUGAAGGAUUUCUACAAGGACUUCGUGUGCGUGGAGAACGCGAAACUGGAAAAGGUAGUGCUCUCGGCGGGUGACACGUGGCAUGCGGAGAUGCAGCUGACGCCGAUGUAGCCGCCGGCGCGGCUGGACGGAGAAAAAUGGUGUUUCGUUGAUUGGCCCGGCGACACGUGGCAGAAGCGCGGACAGCAUUGUAAAGGCAGAGCGGCGCUAAAACUGAACGAGAUGGUACCGCUUCAGCCUAGUGACACGUGGCAACGCGCAAAUGUAAUUCCUCUGCCUGUAGCCGUGAAGACAAAUACGUAACAUGGUGCUCUUUUGCUCUUCUGCCGGGUGACACGUGGCACGCACAAGAUUCGCCAGGGUGGAGGUGACACGUGGUACUGCUUCCGCCACGGUUGACAAGUGGCACGCACAGGAUUCGCCAGGCUGGAGGUGACAGGUGGUACUGCUUCCGCCACGGGUGACACGUGGCACGCACAGGAUUCGCCACGUGGUACUGCUUCCGGCAGGUGACGCGUGGCAAGAGGCUACUACCGCCUGGUGACACGUGACACGUGGCACAGUUCCCGCCUGGUGACACCUGACACGUGGCGCUGCUCCCGCUGGGCGACACGUGGCACUGAUCCCGCCAGAUGACACGGGAACACUGCUCCGCCAGACACGUCGUGCUGAGCACGCCAGGUGACACGCGGGAUUGCUCCUCCUACGUGACACGUGGCACGUGGUACUGCUCCCGACGGGUGACUUGUGGCACGGGCAGAUGAAGCUGCCACCGCUGUUGCCACGAAGACGGUGUCUCUUUGAUUGGCGCGGUGACACGUGGCACGCAGAGAAUGUUGCGGGGAGCAGACGGAUGACUUCUUCCGCCUGGUGACACGUGGCGUGCAGACGUGAGGCAGACGCAGCUGUAGCCGUGAGGACGGAGCCGAAGACGGUGUUUCGUUGAUUGGUCAGGUAACAAAUGGCGCUCGCACAGGAGCUGACACGUGGCACGUCCAUCUUUGCGGUGCUAUGCCACUUAGAGUGAUGCUCGCAGCAUCACACGUGGCGCGCAGAGAGGAAGCAGACCUCGUCGCACGUGUGUGACAACGGGAGACCGAGGCGAUGACUACACGCUCACCUCCUCAGCUCGCGACACGUGGCACGCUGGGAUGAAGUCUGAGACGGGCGCGGGUCUAAACAGUCAAAGGGCCUCGCUGCACAAAAGACAAAAAUCAUGGCCGUGUAUCUUUCCAUAUUCUAGUGGAAGAUUCACUCUCGUUUUGCAAAUUUCGAGAGUAGUGCAGCGAGGCCCAAAGUCGCGCAGGAAAAGUGGCAUUAGAAUCGGUUCAAGGCUGCGAGUGUGUCGGGAUCCAGACCGUCUGCGUCAAGGUGGAUGUCCUGAGAUCGACGCUGCCAAGAGUGCCGCACACCUGGCGCUCAUUGUCCAACAGGCCACGUGGCAAGAGUGUUCUCCGUUCUCAAGGAAACUCGAAUUGAGGCUGAAGUAACGUAUAUAUACUAAUUCAUACGGAGAGCGCGAAUCUAGUACACCUGCAAUAACGAGAAAAGAGAGCUUCCACAAAAAUGAUAAGAGGAAAGAAAAAAAGAAAAGAAGCGGAAACCACAAGCGAACACACACGCUCACGCACGCAGGCACGCACGUGCGCGAGGAGAGAGCGAGAAAGAGCGAGAGAGAGAGAGAGAGAGAGAGAGAGAGAGAGAGAGAGAGAGAGAGAGAGAGAGAGAGAGAGAGAGAGGGAGGGAGAUUUGGCGAGAGAGGGAGGGAGAUUUGGCGAAUCUUUUCUGAACUCGUUUUAAAUGCAUAUAAGAAUGGGUUUGGAGAUCACUUAUAGAUAUUCGGGGAUUCGGGGAUCGAUUACACAAAACACACACACACACACACACACACACACACACAAACACACACACACACAAACACACACACAGAGAGAGAGAGAGAGAGAGAGAGAGAGAGAGAGAGAGAGAGAGAGAGAGAGAGGUAUGGUAGGUGCAAUGACAGGUGCGACAAUAGACUGGCUUGCGACUUCGAAAAUUUGUUGGGCAGGGCGCUACAUUCCGGGUAUUGA